UAAUGCUGCCAUCUAUCAAUGUAUACCUCGACAUCCACAAUUGCAAAGGAUUCAUCGAACAUAUAGAUAUAGGCUGGUCUAUAACCCAUGCCCUAUAACCUAACUUUCACGUGUUAUAUUUCAAAGCUAAACAAUAACAGUAAUAUUUAACGAAAAUAUUUUAAAUGAAUCAAAGUAAUUAAAAGUAAUAUUGAUAUUUUUUAUAACGCUUGAAUAUGAAUUUACUACCAAAGUGUCAUGAAGAGUUUAGUAAAGAAGAUUACUGGAAUUCAUUUUUUAAAAAACGUGGAAAAAAAACUUUUGAAUGGUACGGAGAAUAUCCUCAACUAUGUGGACAAUUAUCAAAAUAUGUUAAAAUAAAAGACGAAAUCUUAGUUGUUGGAUGUGGAAAUUCAAAACUAAGCAUGGAUUUAUACGAUGUUGGAUAUAGAAGUAUCAAAAGUAUCGAUAUUUCUAAAGUCGUAAUUGAUCAGAUGAAAGAACAAAAUAAAUUGGACCGUCCCGAUCUCGUCUUUGAAAGAAUGGAUGCUAUAGAAAUGACUUACUCCAAUGACACAUUCAGUGUCGUAAUCGAUAAAGGAACAUUGGAUGCUUUAAUGUCAAAUAAUAAUGAAGAAACUUCCUCUAAAAUUGAUAAGUAUUUUAACGAAAUUUCCCGAGUUCUACGAAGAGGAGGAAGAUACAUAUGCAUUUCAUUGUUACAAGAACAUAUUUUAAGGAAACUAAUUUCUUAUUUUGCAUCUUUGUAUUUUAUGUUUCGCAUCACACGAUGUCAAGAUGCUGAAAUCAAAGCGCAAGAAGAAGAUGGCAGUUCAUUCCCUGUUUUUAUUGUUAUGGCAACCAAAUUUCCAGGACUAUCUCAGCAGAUCUUAGAGUUAGCUUUGACUGGAGAUCACAUAUCCAAAGUUUCAAGUACUGAAGAACUCAUAAAUGCAGUUUUGGCAGUUCAGCAAUCAAAUAUCGUAUGUAACAGACUUCAAAAAAGAAGUAUUGCUGACGUAGGGGAAAUAACGCUUGACUUAUUUGAACCUGAAAAUGAUAAACCAAGAUAUAUUAUUCACGUACUUGAUCGACCCAGAAGUAACGGAAAAUCAUAUGCAGUUUUUUUAGUACCCCAAGGAAGAGAUAGUGACUGGCUUUUUGGUACAAAAGAAGGUAGAAAAGAAUUUGCUGAGCUCAUGGAAAAAGAUCGAAUAGCAAUCGUAAUUCUUGGAAGAAAUCAUACUUUCAAAAAUUGGGAUCAAGUAAAAGAAGAAUUAAAUUAUUCAGUAAAAAAUUUAGCUCCACCUGGACUUCCACCAAAUUUUUCAAUCGCUUAUUUAUCGCUCGGACCAGAUGUUGGGAAAUGUGAAACCCUUCAUGAAGAAGAAAGUGAAAUCAACGGGCGUAUUAGUAUUGAAGAUGUAUUUAGUGAUGAUCAGGAUAUAAAGUUCCGAAGGCUUAUAUUUCUUAAGAAUCAAUUUGUCAUACAAAGUGAUGCCAUGGUUAAAUCAAUUAAAACUAGACGGGGGAAGAAAAAAGAUAUAAUUGAACAUGGGUAUUUAGCAUGUGAGCAUCAUGCAUUUAUGUCGAUUGGAGUGCAGGCUAUGAUUGGAAAUAAUAGUAAUAAAAAUAACUCAAAAGAAAUCCUCGUUGUUGGAUUAGGUGGUGGUGGUCUCUGUAUGUUUCUUUAUCGGUGUUUUCCACAGUCUAAAGUAACUGCUAUCGAAAUAGACAAAACAAUAUUGAAGAUAGCCCAAGAAUAUUUUAGUUUUAUUACCGACAAUAGAUCUAAAGUUGAAAUCUGUGAUGGAAUAAAAUAUUUAGAAGAAGCUGCAGAAAGUGGAAAAAAAUUUGAUGCUAUACUAUUUGACGUAAGCACUAACGAUAAAUUAUUAGGAAUAAGCUGUCCACCUAUAGAAUUUCUAAAACCUUCAGUUCUAUCUUCAGUAUCAAAGUGUCUCAAUAAAAAUGGUUUCUUCAUAUUGAGUUUAGUAUGUCGCGAUAAAAAUUUACGACCAAAAAUUAUCAAUGACUUGAAAAAUGUCUUUUCUUCGAUUACAUCAGUAAAGAUAAAAGAUAUUAUUAACGAAAUUUUAUACUGUACAAUAACGAAGAAAACUCCUGAUGAGUGGAAGAAAAUAUGGAAUGAUUCUAAAGAAAACUUCAAGCAAAGUUUAGAAAAAAAUAAAUUGUCCAUAAAAAAUGAUACCGAAACUUCAGAAUUUCUUCAACAUUUAACAGUCGAAUUAUAAUAGUUAGUAUAAUUUAUUUGAUAUCAACUUUAAAAUUAAAUAGAUGCUUGUUUGUUAACAUUAAACAAAAGAAAAACCAAUUUGAUUUACGAAUUGUUAAAUGUUCAAUUCUUAGCUAAUUUCACAAUUAAUCAAUUAUUUCAUUUUUUAUAAUAUUUACUAAUUUUUUUUUAAAUUAUUCAGUAUGUGAAAAAUAAACGUAAAAUCUUUAAAUAUUUUACUCUCGGCUGUAAGUUUUGGAUACAUGCAUGCGGGUCGCUAGACUCAAGUACCUACUUUUAUGACUCUGUCCGUUGAGGUCAUAUAAAUGCAGUCUCUUGUUCUCUUCGUAACCCGAGCGCUCAUCUGGUUCGAUUUAAAAUAUUUUCCGUUUUAACUUUCCCUUUUUUAUAUGUGUAAUAUUUUUGUCAACGUAUUUUUCUUAACAAUAUUUCUCGGAAAUGUACUCCCAAUAAUAAAAUGAAAAGAGUCUCCGUACUCUGUUGUGCUUAAAAUACUACCAAAAGAGUCAGUCCAAAAGGAUCUCUCCGAGCGACAACUACGUCAAUUUCAGUCAAGUUCCAAGUUUAAAUCGAUUCCUCUUUCUUAGCAUUUCGUUUUUCAACUAAGUACCAAUUUUUACGAUCUACAUUAACAUCAUUUAAUCGCUGAGUUUCACUUAAAGUGAAUUGUGAGGUGAAAUAUCAGUGUCUUUUCAUCAAUCUGUGAUUGAAAUUCACCACGACGUUGAUUCACCACCAUCAUCAGAACUCUACAAUCACGAGCUUAAACCGCUACACUAAUACAUUCAUCAGACAUUUAAGAGCUCAAGCAGCACAUGGUAUUGUAUUUUAGUAAACCUAAAAUACCAAAAAGGUACGAAUCAAAUUUAUACUUGCAUACAUAUUUCAAUACAACAUUUCCCUCAGCGUCGGGAGGAUGUCGGUUCGGCCGUCAGCCCUAAACCGCCCACCGGUGCUGAGCUGAGUUACUAAUUCCAAUUCAUAUUCAAUUACAAUACGCUCAUUAUGAUACUGCGCAUAUUUCACAUUUUUUGCAUAAUACAAUACGAAUACUGAGUUUGAGUCGAGUUGAGACUUCACGAGCAAGUUCUCAAACUAUUCAUGUGCAGUGUUAUUUUGAGCCCUUUCUGAGUUCUGACACAAUACGCUCAUUAUGAUGCUGCGCAUAUUUCACAUUUCUUGCAUAAUACAAUACGAAUACUGAGUUUGAGUCGAGUUGAGACUUCACGAGCAAGUUCUCAAACUAUUCAUGUGCAGUGUUAUUUUGAGCCCUUUCUGAGUUCUGACACAAUACGCUCAUUAUGAUGCUGCGCAUAUUUCACAUUCCUUGCAUAAUACAAUACGAAUACUGAGUUUGAGUCGAGUUGAGACUUCACGAGCAAGUUCUCAAACUAUUCAUGUGCAGUGUUAUUUUGAGCCCUUCUUGAGUUGCAUCACAUUACAUACAUAAAAUUCACACAAUUAUUGAGAUUAAAAUAUUACAUAAUCUACACAAAGCAAUCAUUCAAACCGAAUUCUUUUCACUCCUUUACUCCACAUAAAUUUCAUCCAAUCAAUGCACACCUUUGAAAUCAGAAUCUCAAAUUCAAAUCAUCACUCGAUCAUACAGUCCACUAUCUCUCCACAAUCUAUCCACUGUCAAUCUCUCGCAAUCUUCAUUCAAACUCACAACAAGCUACAUUGUUCACUUCGAUUUACAGAUCAUAUUUGAAACGAGCGAACGAGCGAACGAGCGGACGAGCAAACGAGUGUACGAGUAAUAAACAAUUACUCGAAACCGAGUCCACGAGUUCCUCCCGAACUCCUUUUCACCUCCCGAAGCCAGCUUCGCACGGUUGGAAGUCAAUCUCCCUCCAGCGGUUAUCUUCAGACAACCACCAAAAAUAACUCCACGCCAGUUUAACUUCCUUAUAAUCUUGCUGGGACCAGAUUCAUUAAUAUCAAAUACAUAAUAUUGUUGUUAUUAAAAUUGUAUUAAAAACCAUACACUUCGAAAUAUAAAAUCAAACAUUAAAA